ACUUGCUUUGCACGGGAUAGGCUAUGCGGGCGGGCUGUGGACCGGUCCGGCAGCGAUAGAGUUAAGCGUUGUCUUCCCUCCUCUUUGGCAGAGACAUAGUUAACCAAGUUGUGAAGCAGAGAAUGCGGUAGAAGGAAAUCCAGGUUUCCUGGUAACACCUGCUGAAGGUGCACCGGACGGAGCGGGGAGCCCGCCAGCAGGUACAGACCCCCCAAUGAUGCGCGUAUUCUCCUCAGACAGCGCGGUAACAACAGGUUUCAGACAUGGAAGAAAUGAUAAUAUGGGAACAGCACACUGUCACACUAUCCCGGGACCCUCGCAGAGGAUUUGGAAUAGCAAUUUCUGGAGGAAGGGACCGCCCAUCAGGACUAGAUGGUGACAAUUCGGUCAUUGUGUCAGAUGUUGUCCGUGGUGGCCCUGCUGACGGUAGACUGCAGACACGUGAUCGCAUUGCCAUGGUGAAUGGUGUCUCCAUGGAGAAUGUCACAUCCUCAUUUGCUAUUCACACAUUGAAAUCCUGCAGCAAGACUGCCAAUUUGACAGUGAAACGACCCCGAAAAAUUCAGAUCCCUGUGAGUAGCUCCAUGCCCUCAACAACAACAGAUCGUUAUUACCCCUCUCAGACUCCACGGUCUUCUGAGCGUUCGUUUGUGGAUGUUUCCCGACGGCGAGAAUCGGAGGAACCAGACUCUCCACCGCCGUGGAGCGGAAGACGCGAAAGCUCAACUCGAGAAGCACCUGAGGAUACUGCAAGGGGUUAUGAAGGAGAUUCCUCCAGUGGCCGAAGCUCUGGAGGGUCUUAUACAACCUCCUCCCACCAUACAAGGCACCGCAAGGCAAGAGGUGCAAGUAGCGAAACUGGAGGUUACCCAAAAAGAGGUGGUGGUAGAGAUCCCAGCGUCUCUGGUAGCGAAGCUGCAGCUUCUCACAGGAGGAGAGACAUGGGAAGUGGGAUACGAGGAUCUGGUAGUGAGGCAGGGAGUUAUUCCAUCAGGAGAGAGACUGGCAGUGAGGUAGGAAGUGAGAUGGGGUCAAUGAACCACAAUGGACUACAACUUGUAUCAGGGUUCAAGAGACUGCCUGCCCAGGAUGUUCCAGCCAAACCUGUUAAGACCAUAUUGACCAAACAUUCAGAAAAUCAAGAGUAUGGUCUAAAGUUGGGUAGUCAGAUCUUCAUUAAACACAUCACUGAAAGUGGUCUAGCAGCGCAGGAAAAAUCUCUACAGGAAGGUGACCUCAUCCUCAAGAUCAAUGGCGUGGCAAGCGAGAACAUGUCCUUAGCUGACACCCGACGGCUUAUUGAGCAAUCUAGAGGGAAGCUGACGCUCACUGUUUUGAGGGAUAAUCGACAGUUCUUGGUAAACAUUCCAGAAGUGAGGGACAGUGACAGUGACGGCAGAAGUUCCCCACGAGAUGAUAUCUCUGACUUGAGUUCUGAUCAUACACCACCUCCACCUCAGCCUCCUCCUCCCCCACCCGUCCACCACGAAACGAGCUCACCUGAGAGUCCAGAAUCACCUCUGCGAAAUCAGAUUAAUGGCCAAGAGUUCUUGACAAGGGACAGUCCUGAGCCUGAAAAUGGGUAUGCUGAGUCUCCACACCUGGUUACAGAAUAUAGGAAUGAAUCUGAAGCACCCAGUGAAAGAGGGACAGAUGAUUUGCGACAAGGGUAUAGCCCAGAUGCUCGUCUAGUUCAGUUCAGGAAAGAGAGGAAUAUAGGCCUGCGUCUUGCAGGAGGCAAUGAUGUGGGAAUAUUUGUAGCGGCCGUGCAAGCAGGAAGUCCUGCUGAGAAAGAGGGGAUGAAAGAAGGAGACCAGAUCCUUCAGGUCAAUGACACCAGUUUCCAUAAUAUGACACGCGAGGAUGCAGUGCAGUAUCUCAUGAGCCUGCCGCAGGAUGAAAAUGUCAUUUUUCUUAGCCAACGCAAAGAGGAUAUUUACAGGAAAAUGAUAAAAUCCAACGUUGGGGACUCUUUCUAUGUACGCACACACUUUGAUUAUCAAGCGGACACUCCGUCUGGCCUAAGCUUCACCAGAGGAGAGAUUUUCCAUGUCCUGGACACGCUGUACCAUGGGAAGCUGGGCAGCUGGUUGGCUGUUCGAGUUGCUCGGGAUUUACGAGAGAUGAAGAAAGGCAUAAUACCCAACCGCAAUAGGGCAGAGCAAUAUGCGAGCUUGGAGAAUGUUUUGAAGCCACAGUCCACAUCUGGCCCACGAACUGAAUUUUGGAAGCUGAGAGGAUUACGGGGGGCUAAAAAGUUACUAAUGAAAAGCCGAGAAGAUUUGGCUGCUAUAACAACCAAAGCUAAAUACCCCCCAUAUGAAAAAGUGGUCCUUAAAGAAGCAAGUUUUAAACGUCCUGUGGUCAUUUUGGGUCCGAUCACAGACAUUGCACACCAGAAGCUAUGUACUGAGUUGCCCCAGGAAUUUGAGGCUGCAGAUACUGUUCCUCGUGAAGAUGGGAGAUCCAAGGUUAUCAAACUGCAGCUCGUGAGGGAGAUUGCAGAGAAGAAUAAGCAUGCACUCCUGGACAUCACACCGACGGCUGUUGAACAUCUGAAUUACGUGCAGUUCUACCCUAUUGUUGUGUUCUGUAACCCAGAGAACAGGCAGGGGAUAAAGGCUAUGAGGAAAUGGUUGUUUCCUGAAUCAAAGAAGAGCUCCAGGCGCUUGUAUGCACAAGCAGUUAAACUGAGAAAGAACAGCUCUCACCUCUUCACUGCCACAAUCAACUUGAGUGGAGCUAGUGACUCAUGGCUUCCCAAGCUGAAGGAAAUUAUUCAAACAGAACAAACAAGACCAAUUUGGACUACAGAAGAUAAGACAGAAAAUCCAGUUGCAGAGCCCCUGGACGUUCAGAGUGAUACUCUGUAUGGGUCUACAGACUAUCUGAGCUGCGACAGCCGUGCCAACAGUGACUAUGAGGAGACGGACGCUGAGGGUGGCGCCUAUACCGAUCAAGAGUUUGAAGAGGAAUUGCAGGAGCCUGCCCUGGCUAGGUCCUCGGAGCCAGUACUCGAGCAUCAACCAAGCUACUAUGGCACCAGUUCUUACAACGAAUACUCUUCUGACUACGUUCACCAACCCCCUUCUGACACUGCCUCUUACCAUGAAGACAAUACUAUCACGGAACACACGAACCAGUACCGAAGUCUCUCGACAACUAGGAACGCAGAUAGUUCCCACCAGGAAGAAAAUGCACAGCAUCAUGACCAGUGGAUUUAUGGGACCACCAAGAGCCGCAAAUAUGAACAUGAUGCUCUACGCAGAAAGUUUAAUCAUGCAAGGAGCUCCAGCUCAGAGGAAGAGGACUAUGACUGGGGAGGGCCAGCUACCGACCUGUAAUCUGCUGCACGAGUAACAACAUUGUAAAACUGACAGCAUAUUGACAUAAUGCCGUUGAGAACAAAAAUGGGUUUUCAUGCAUAAAGCUGUGGGAUAUAUAUAUAUUAUUUUGUUACUAUUAUUAACUAAUAAAUAAAACAUCUCCAUUUUUUUAAUUUAGUUUAUUGAAAAAAUGUUUUUUUGCCAAAAUAUGGUUUUAGGUUAAACGGGCACAAAAUGGAAACAAGCACAAUGAGAGCUUAUGGCAUGUGCGU